AUAAAAAUGCCAAGAGAUAGAGACCCUUUGGUUGUAGGUAGAGUGAUAGGCGAUGUGUUGGAUCCUUUCACAAGAUCCAUUGGUUUGAGAGUGUUUUAUGGGAAUAGAGAAGUCUCGAAUGGGUGUGAAUUUAGGCCAUCUCAAAUCGUGAAUCAGGCUAGGGUUGUAGUUGGAGGGGAUGAUCUUCGCACUUUUUUCACUCUGGUGAUGGUGGACCCUGAUGCUCCAAGCCCAAGUGAUCCCAAUCUCAGGGAGUACUUGCACUGGUUGGUGACUGAUAUUCCAGGAACUACUGGAGCAACAUUUGGACAAGAGAUAGUGCGCUACGAGAGUCCCCAACCAUCGAUAGGUAUCCACCGCUAUGUGUUCGUAUUGUUCCGCCAAUUGGGUCGCCAGACAGUAUAUGCGCCCGGGUGGCGCCAAAACUUCAACACUAGAGACUUUGCAGAGCUCUACAACCUUGGCUCACCAGUAGCUGUCGUUUAUUAUAACUGUCAAAGAGAAAGUGGUACCGGAGGAAGAAGACCAACUAGAUUCUAACUCAAAAAAUAAACAAGUAUAUAUAUGUACUCUAUUUUGCUUUUUUUCUCAAGUAAACCUUAAGUGUGGUCGCUCACAGCUAUAUCUUAUAGAUAUAUUUUUCAAUAUAGUGGAAGUAUGUAUUGUAUUGGUGGAAUAAAUCUUUGUAGAAGAUGAUUGGCCCUUUUUAUUAAAUAUCAUAUGAGAUAAACUUAUAUA